AAAUCAGACUAUAAAAAUAUCCGCUGCUGAAAGUAAAAUUAUACUUCAUAUUACUAGUGAUCAACAUUAUAGAUGAACAAUAUGGAACAUUUAAAUUCAAAAAACAAGAAUAUUCCUGUAUUCAAUAAAAUAUUAAAAGUAUCACUUGUAAAUUGUGAUCAUCUAUUGAAAUUUCAUAACCAAAAAUUAAUCAGAAAAGAAAAUGUUGAAUUUGAAGACGUUGAUAACACAUCCGAAGAAAAUGAUUUUCAUCAAAAAGUUAAACUAAAAGACAACACUGUUAAGAAGAUUGCUAUUUCGCAAAUAAAACAACAAAAUAUUCAUAAAAGAAAUGAGAAUGGAACUAUUCAAAUACAUCAAAAAGUUAAACAAGAAGUCAGCACUGUUAAGAAGAUUGCUAUUUCGCAAAUAAAACAACAAAAUAUUCAUAAAAGAAAUGAGAAUGGAACUAUUCAAAUAAAUCAAAAAGUUAAACAAGAAGUCAGCACUGUUAAGAAGAUUGCUAUUUCGCAAAUAAAACAACAAAAUAUUCAUAAAAGAAAUGAGAAUGGAACUAUUCAAAUAAAUUCAUUUAAUUCUAAAGAAAAUAUUGAGACUACUAAUUAUGACAAUGGAGUUGACCGUGUUGAUGAUAUGAUACAUAGCAGCAUUAUUGAAAUUGUGCCUAAAAGAUCACAGUUAAUGUUAUCUGAUGUCGAACACCAGAAAUCACGUUUAAAUACUUAUGAAAAAAUAUUACUCUACUCUAAGCAGAAGAGGACACCUAAUCCGAAUAAAACUUUAGAGUGCAUGUACUGCAAUAAGAUAUUUACACAGCAAUCAAAUUUAACGGUUCAUUUAAGAUGUCACACUGGUGAAAAACCAUACGCAUGUGAUUUGUGUAAAAGAUCUUUUGCUCAGAAACAAAAUAUGAUGUGUCAUAUGAGAACACAUACAGGAUAUAAACCUCAUUUAUGUCCAAUUUGUAAAAAGACAUUUAGCCAUAAGUCAUUAUUAGACUACCAUGAAUGGACACACACUGGUAUUAAACCAUUUAAGUGUGAAAUUUGUGCUAGUGAAUUUUCUCGGAAAUCAGGUUUAGUACAUCACCAAAACCACAGUCACACAGGUGAAAAACUGUUUAAGUGCAAUGUUUGUGACAAAACUUUUUACAGAAAAGCAUUUAUGAAAAAUCAUAUGAGAGUCCAUAUUGCUCCGCAAUUAGAAAAGUGCCAUAUUUGUGAUAAAACAUAUUUUUAUAAGUCAAGUUUACGAAGACAUUUGUUGAAUCAUUCUGGUGAAAAGAUGUUUGAAUGUGAUAUGUGUAAGAGAUCCUUUAAUCGGAAAUAUAAUUUACUUGCCCACUUAAAAAUUCAUAUGACUGAGAGACCUUAUGAAUGCAGUCUCUGCAGAUCGACUUUUCCUACAGCAUCAGAACUAGAAAGCCAUACAAAAUCUCACAUCGGUGAUAAUACAUUUCAAUGCCAUCUUUGCGAUGCAAGUUUUAUAUUAGAAUCACUUUUAGAUAUUCAUAUGAGAUCUCAUUGUGGAGAUAGACCAUUUCAGUGCCCUUAUUGUUUAGCAACAUACGCCCAGAGGAAAAGUUACUCUUACCAUUUAAAAACUCACAGAGAUCAUGAAUUGUAUAAGUGUAAUUGGUGUAAAAUAUCAUUUUUUCAAAAAAAUAAGCUAAUUGAUCAUUUAAGAUUACAUACUGGUGAGAAACCUUAUAAAUGCAUCGAGUGUAACGAAAGAUUUGGGCAAAAAGCUGUUUUACAAUCACAUAUGAGAACUCACAGUACUGAACAAAAAUAUAAAUGUGACACAUGUGGAGUAGUCUUAAAACAAAAAUUAAAUUUAAUUAAACACAUAAAAACCCAUCUUGCCUUCAAAUCAAAUUUUAGGUGUAGAUUUUGUAAGACUAAUUUUUUACAAAAAUCAACCUUUAUGUGUCAUAUGAAAAUGCAUUCUAAAAACAAUUAUUAUAAAUGUAGUAUAUGUGGUAUUUCAUAUCCACAAAAAACUGACAUGAUUAAACAUGAAAAGACUCAUAUGAUUGAAAAGGCUCUACUAACUUGUAAUGUAUGUAAUCAAUCUUUUCCUUCAAAAUUAAAACGUAUAAAUCACGAGAGAAAAUUUCAUACCGUACAAUCAUGUUAUUGUAUUAUCUGUUAUAAAUUGUUUUUUGAAAAAAAGGAACUUACAAGACAUAUUAAAUUGCAUAUGAAGAAUAUGUCAUCUGAAUGUUUGAUUUGUAAAAAACCAUUGCUACAAGUACCUGUUUCGGCUAAAGUAUUAAGAGAUAUAACUGGAAAUAAAAAAAAUUUAUGUGAUGAGUGUUCUAUUUAAUGUUCCAUCUUCUAAUCUAUCAGAUACGCAACUAGCUGAAACAUAUUAUAAAGACAGCAUACCGCCAUUCCUGAAGUUUCUGACCAUAUUGAAGUUUCACUCUUUUAAAUGGGACGGAUUAAAUAAUUUAUUUUUAUUUUAUAUUUUAAUCGUUUUUAUUUUAUAAUUGUAAUUUUUAUAAUUUAAUUUAAUUUAAAAUUGUUUUCAAUAAUUACUUACAGAUGAUUUGUGAUCUGGGCGCUUUAUAAUUUGAUGCACCUUUUAAUUGUAUAAUAAAAAUGACAAAUUACAUUGCAUCAAAAUUCCACUUCUUUUAAUUACAAAGAUCUGAAUGAAUCUGUUUUAAUAUUAUAAUAUUUUACUAUAUAUAUUUUUAUAAAAAUGAAUUAAUAUAAUUAUUAUACUAUUGA